CAGAACACAGAGCUCGAAGCCUCUGCCCACGAACCUCCCUCCUUGCAGCCGCAAGGCACGACAGGUACCUUCUGAGAGUGUCAUUUCAAAAGCCAGAUAAAAGCCAAAUGAGGAGGCAGGGAAGAGUGUACAACGUAGCUGUUCGGAAAACCACCCUCCAUUUCAUACUGCAGCCGGGAGGUUACACCCAGGCAUCUCAAUAGCUCCUCUCCUCACAGAAAAUUAACUGAUUUCCUCAUCCUCCACUUCGCAAAGUCAUGGAAGAUCUAGAGGAAACAUUAUUGGAAGAAUUUGAGAACUACUCCUAUUCCCUGGAAUAUUACUCCCCAGAGUCUGAGUUGGAGGAGCAAGUCCCCCUCGUCGCUGUUCACUGGGUUUCUCUGGCAUUAUACUGUGUAGCAUUUGUUCUGGGUAUUCCAGGAAAUGCCAUUGUCAUUUGGUUCACGGGUUUCAAGUGGAAGAAGACAGUUACCACUCUCUGGUUUCUAAAUCUGGCCGUUGCAGAUUUCAUUUUUCUUCUCUUCCUGCCCUUGCAUAUCUCCUAUGUGGCCAUGAAUUUCCACUGGCCCUUUGGCAUCUGGUUGUGCAAGGCCAAUUCCUUCAUUGCCCAGUUGAACAUGUUUGCCAGUGUUUUAUUCCUGACCGUGAUCAGCCUGGACCGCUAUAUCCAGUUGAUCCAUCCUGUCGUAUCUCAUCGGCACCGAACCUUAAAGAACUCCCAGAUUGUCAUUAUAUUUGUUUGGCUUUUGGCUUCUCUGAUGGGUGGCCCUGCCCUAUACUUCCGGGACACUGUAGAGUUCAAUAAUCACACUCUGUGCUAUAACAAUUUCCAUGAGCAUAAUCCUGACAUCACUUUGAUGAGGCACCAUGUUCUGACCUGGGUGAAAUGUAUUUUGGGGUACCUCUUCCCUUUACUAACAAUGAGCAUUUGCUACUUGUGUCUCAUCUUCAAGGUGAAGAAGCGAAGCAUCCUGGUCUCCAGUAAGUAUUCCUGGACCAUCCUGGCUGUGGUCAUGGCCUUUUUGGUUUGCUGGACUCCUUAUCACCUGUUCAGCAUUUGGGAGCUCACGAUUCACUACAAUAGCUCUUUCCACCAGGUGCUACAGGCCGGAAUCCCCCUCUCCACGGCCUUAGCAUUCCUCAAUAGUUGUCUGAACCCCAUCCUUUAUGUCCUAAUUAGUAAGAAGUUCCAAGCGCGCUUUCAGGCCUCGGUUGCUGAGAUACUAAAGUACACAUUGUGGGAAGUCAGCUGUUCUGGCACGGCGAGCGAACAGUUCAGGAACUCUGAAACCAAGAACCCGUGUCUCCUGGAAACAGCCCAGUGAAAUUACUUACUACUCUUCCACAAAUCAGUUUAAGGCUUUUGUGUGGAUUGCCUAACAGAUGCAAAUGCUUUCAGAUUAUUUGGUUCCAAGAUACAGAGCUGACCAUAUCUUUUUAUUGUUUUUGGUCAGUUUAUUGGCAUCACAUUAUUUUGUGGAUAUAAAACUUAGGAAAGAGCUUCAUUUUUUCCCUCCUGCAACUUAAAUUAUGUGUCAUUCUUGCUGAUUAUACCAUAGUGGAUUAAUCAGUGCUAUUGAGGCAAUAUCAGUUUGUACUUUUUAAAUCUUAA